AUGGAGAAUUCACAAGAGGUUGGUAAUAUAGAAGGGGAUGGAGAUGGAAGGAACAAUUCGGGUUGUACUUCGUCCACGUCGACGUACUCGCCGUACCGAUUGUUUGGUCGGCAAACUUCUGUUCACCAGUUGAUGGGUGGAGGUAAAGCUGCUGAUGUUAUAUUAUGGAGGCAGCGGCGUGUUUCAUGCGGAGUCAUUGUUGUUGCUACUGUUGCAUGGUUCCUAUUUGAGCAGGCAGGAUUGUCAUUCUUAUCAAUUUGUUCCAAUGUCUUCCUGAUCUUGAUUGUACUGCUAUUUCUUCAGGCUAACUACGCUGUUUUCAGAAACAAACAACUUCACCCAUUACCUGAGCUAGUUUUGUCAGAAGAAAUGGUCAAUAAUGCUGCUGCAUCAUUUCGAGUUAAAAUCAACUACCUGCUGCUUAUGGCUCAUGAUAUCACUGUUGGCAAAGACUUUAAACUCUUUUUCAAGGUUAGUAGUCAUCAGCUGAAUAAGGAUGAAUGA